CUUCCUUCUGGGGACUGGCUGCACUAGUUUUUUUUUUUUUUUCUUUUUUUUAACAAAAAGAAAAACAAAAAAAAACAAGAGGGAUCUGGGAGUGUUACCAGCCCACAAGAUACUGAGCUUGUUUAAAUUUUAGUUGAUUGGAAGUGGUCUUUUUGUGACGAGAACCCAUUUAGCCAAGGAGUUCUCGAGGACGAGUGGUUUCCCAAUUUCGCUUUGUUUUAAUUAUAUCAUAGCUACUUCGUCAAAACUGGCUUUGACUGUUCACUGUCGAGGGCAACCACCAGUUUCUCCCCCGAAACUUCUUUUCUCUGCAGCAUUUCAACCCCCUCAAUCAACGCCUCGAAACUGUCGCCCAAAAGUUUGAUAGGGUGCCGUUUCAACAGACCCCGGUCAAGCAUCUUCUGCACGUCCUUAUACCACUCCACGCCGAAUGCGCGCAUUUCGGGAUCCUCGUCCCUUUCGUAGCCCUGGCUCAGCGCCAACCGGUGGCCCAGCAAAAGAGGGCCCAUCACGAAGCCCACCUUGAUCGACUUGCGCUGGAGAACGUACUCUGGAUACAUCUCCAAACAGCAGUAGCGGCCUCCAGCGCGCCCCAUGGCCUUGUAACAGAGAUCCACACUCUUUGCAUCGGUAAAAGGGUCCAAUAUGUAAGACAGUGUGUUUUUGGUAUAGGCCUUGAUGGCUGCGGCGCAGUCCGGAGAGUUGUAGUCAAAGACUUCCUCUGCGCCGAACCUUCGGGCAAGUGCAAAGUUUUUGGGAGAACAAGUAGCUAUGGGUACGUGUCCGAGUCUUUCGCAGAAGCUGGAUGGCCAUGGUCCCUACUGAGGAGCUACCACCGUGCACGAGCACUGUUCGCGGCUUCGUCGCCGGCCGGUCCAGGCUCCCCGGCAGCUGCAACGUCCUGAACAACGCCAUGCCCAACGUCCCUAUACCUGUCACGCCCAUCCCCACGGCCUGUUCGAACGACAAGCCGGCUGGGAUUUUAAGCGUGAACUCGGACUCGGACGUCAUGUAGUCGGUGAAGGAGCCCGACUCGGGCCGAAGAGGGUUCGAGCCGUGAACUGCCCCACAGACCCUGUCGCCAAGUCCGAACUUGAGGACCUCAGGCCCGACCCCGACAAUCACCCCUGCAAAAUCGCAACCGUCGACCGCCCCAGGACAGGGGAACCUUUGGUGCAUCUUGUAAUCGCAUGGAUUGAUGGCCACGGCCUUGACCUGCACCAGGACCUCGUUGGGUCGCAGUGCGGGCAGCGGCAGAUGGCGCUCGAUGCGGAGGCGCUCAUCAUUGCCCAAGACAACGGCGGAGCGUGAUGUUGGCAGCGAGCCAUAGUUUGAUGUUUGCAUGCUUGCAGUGCUUUGUCUUGACAACCACACGCCAAGAAAGGUUUGCUUAACGAAGGCUCCUCGCAGCAGUCACCCCUAUCUCUUCUCCUUCGCGACCAUUUUAUACAUCUGUGGAGCCGCCUUGCUUGCUGUCGCAACUCCGAAUGACUUCGGACGUGCUAUGUAGACUUAGAAUAGAGGGCCGAAAACAGCAGCCAUAAAUUUGAAGCCUUAUAUUUGCUUUCGCAACAAAGAUUGUAGAAGUUUCUUCAUUGUGUCAGACUCAAGCGUGAACCUUGUACGCGUAAAUUUGUCCUAUUUUUUCUUACCAAGAACCCACGAUGCUGCCCAGCUUCAUAUUUGUAUACAGCCUGCUGGCCACCGCAACUGCGACCAGCCCCGACUGGCCAGAGCCUUGGCCCUCCCACUGGCGCGAGCCGGGAAGCGAUCUGUUUCCUAAUCAGCAGGUUCACCUAGCAGUCGAGGAGGCUGGCACCGGAUCAGGCUGCCGAAUAAGCAACAUUACAUCGAACGAGAUGGCAAAAGGCAGGACUAUUGUGGACUUUCCAUUGUAUGCCGUGGGAAGCCUGGAAGAGCCAAAACUCCAACCGCUCAACUCUUCGGGCGGAGAGCAAUGGGAAUUUGAUGGCGUUUCCGAAGAUGGAAUGCAGUCCUUUAUUUUCGGAUUUUACAGAGAUCCCAAUUACGCCAUCCUGGGAACUGGCAACCUGCGCGUGUCUAUAGAGUUUGGAUUCGAGGACCGCACAAGAUUUUCCGAAGUGUAUUACGCACAGCGUUCCGUCGUCGAAACGUGCUCUUUGGGAACCCGCGGUUUGUGGGUAGACAAGGAGGCCGGAUGGAAAUUCUCUUUCCUUGUCGACGCAGCUAUGCAGGAAGCCAUUAUAACAUUGGAUUCGGACACCGUCAAAGGCAGAAUCAUUAUAACGUCUCGGGCGAAGCCACUCGCGGCAGAUGGGUCCACGUGGCCGGCUGAGAACGCAUCCACAGUGACCAUUCCUUACUACUAUUGGUCGCAACCUAUUCCAGCCGGGACGGUCGAAACAAACGUGGAAAUCAAGGGUAAACUCAUCAAGUGGAAAGGCAUGGGGGGCCAUGAGCGGUUUUGGUCCUCGUUCAGUUGGUUUACUUGCAUGAGAAGCCUCCAAGCGGUACGCGCCAUGUUAGGCCCUUAUGUGCUCAGCUACUUUUCCUUCACCUCCAACCUCAUCCCGGACCUCACUCAUCAAUCCGUCGUGUUGUUCCACGACGGAGCUGUGGUCUUCCGAAGCACGCUCGGGACGCCCUCGGAGACAGAGGACUACGCUACCGUCACCAAAACGUACGGCGGGGCUACCACGGGCACCCUGAAGGACAAAGUCACCGGUUUCCAGCUGGAGCUGGUGUCGCCGUCUAAGAUGCGUCACUAUACAUUCUUCGUAGAGCACCUCAACGUUGGGUUCGAGUAUAUCCUCGGCGAGGGCGUCGGUGGCAGCGGCUUCUCCUCUCAAUCGAGGGGUGGCCACGUCGGGCUGGACCAGCAUGAAGGGGUCGCGCUUACCGAGGCCUUGACCUUCCCCAAGAACUCACCUCUGUUCCGAAGUAACUAUGUAUAGACUAAGCUGAACACUAUGGCGCAGGGGUAAAUUUGCUCCCCUAUGCUAGGGUUUUUCCCCUGGCGGUUGAACCUGUACCAAGACAUAACCAAUUUCAGAAGGGGUACAUCUAACAGGGAUUCCUAACAAAUAUUUGGGCUUCAAAUGACCUUGUUACCUAAAAAAGCAUGAUUCGGUGGAAAAUUUCUAAAAAGAAAAAAAAAGAAAACAGACAUGGCAGGCGAUAAAGAAGUCUCUUUUUUUCAACUACCGCAGGGGUCGUCUCUCCUGGUAUUGGAUGAGAAAAAAGAAAGGAUGUUGUGAUGAUUAAAAACUUGUUUGUCACAAGACGGAUAGGUAACGGCAAGCCUGCAUCAGUCGAUGUAUGUCGAGCUUUGGCUUUGGAUACACAAGACAAAAUAUUCGAAUGCACCAAGUUUGUGCAUAUAUGUAAUUUCACUAUCUUAUUCAAAUAGCUGACUGAAAAAUUCAGUACAGUUUUGUAGCUUGGUUGUUUCUUUCCAAGCACACCGG